GACAGAUCCCUCAAUGGCACUUAGACCUCCGCUGUUAUGAUGGAAACCGGCGACUCGGGACUUGGACUGGCUGCUAGCAAUUCAAACCAGCAAAGGAAUAUUCUAAGCGCAAAUCCAUUCGAUGACAGUGAUGAAUCAAGUAAUGACAGCGACGUGACUUGGUCCCCAGGUGACGGGGUCUGCCCGACAGCAGCACAUUUCAACCAUUGCUGCCAGUCAAAGAUCGACGACUGGCAGAACGCCGCAUCUACACGCCUAGAAGGCACAGAGUCUCUCCAUUACUACAUAACAGCUUUCUUAAACCUCCUCAAAGAUGUCCCUUCGUUCUAUGCCUGUCCCCCAGGGGCUGUCCAACUGUCAGGAAGAGCAAAAUCUUUCCUUGUUCUGAAGUCUUCUCUGCAAGUGGGAACGACAGAAGACUCGAACUGCGAGCAAGAUCACAAGUUCAUGGAUUAUCUCCAGUGCUUCGGAAGCCCCGCACCUGUAUUUUACAGGACGGAAGCUGAGACCCAAGCAGAAGUAUCUAUUCCUACUUGUGCCAGGCCUCUUCGCUCUGGAUUCCUUACAAGCAUUGUGCUGGCCUGGUCAUACAUCAUCUCCUGCCGUUGGGUGGAGAUAUUACAACGGGCAGGCGAGAAAAGCCAAAUCCUGCAUGAUCAAGGCAUGCAGAUCGAAGAAUCCUUUCGGGACAUCGUCACGCAGGACUCCUGGAAGGCUCGAGUUGAGAAUCAGAAAGGCGCUUUCUAUUCGCCGUGGAUGUUUAGAAGAGAAGGGACCUCACGCAAGCGACGUGAUUGGAAACUCGCUAUACCAAAUUCUUUCUUCGCAUUCAGCACUCUUCUGGACUUCUGCGCAUCAAAUGGCCUGGAAGGAGAGUUUCUCAUCGGGUUUGCUUGUGUUUUAAUCUCAACCUCACGACACGCGCCUCCACCUAAACUCGCUCCUCCUACAAUGAUCCCGGCAGUCCCUAUGCACUCUCCGCUAAGUGCGAAAGAUAUGAUGCUCUUUGAAUUGUUUAAAUCUGUCGACAAAUGUAUCUCUCUAAGCUCAACACAGGAUGCUCUGGAUUCAUUGCUCUGCAGCGCCUUUUUCGAUCCAUGUGUUCCAUGUAAUUUAUUUGGAGCCGCAUCAUUGGGAGUGAGCAAAGCUCUCUCCACAAUGGAGAAAAUCGAUAAUCGACAGUUACUCUCUGCAAUCACCAACAAGAAACCUCAAUUGAGUCUUCUAUGGGCUGCUGCAGUGUGCAACGGCCAGGCAACCUCGUUCCUGAAUUUGAGUCUUCACAGUCUCCCGCCUAUAUGUCUAGUUGCCGCCUUCUGGACCAAUACAAUCCAAUCCUUCCUUCAGAUAGCGUACAGUGUACGUGACUCAGAAGAAUCCAUUAUAGCCAGAGCGAAUGAGUUUCGGACUUCCUACUUCUGCCGGCCAGAUUUGUUCGUGCCAUGGUCGCCCGCACCUCCCUUCGGUACAACGCCGGUUCAUAAUCUCAGCCUGGAAGUAAGGGCGCACCUUGAACACAUGCACGUGCCUCUUUCUUGGAGAAACUAUUGGUUAUUAGACUCGGGAGAAAGAAUUCCGGCAGGCUCGCAGCAUGACCUUGAGGUUGUGAAGGCUGACGGUCUCUGUCAUCCUUGUCCUGCGGGUCAAAGCAAUGACACGCCUCAUCCUGAACGGUAUACUGCUGAUGAGCAAUCGGGGUUUGCAACGUCGCGCUUAUUUAACUGGCAUAGAGGCUACGACGACGGCAUUUGGCUCGAUGAUGGUAAAGCGAACAUCGAAAGCGUUCGUCGACUUCAGAUGCAUCCAUGGAUUAUUGACCAGUUCGAUGAUCGAGGCGAUGAGCCAGUUGAGGAGCCUAGACACCGUGGGGUCUCUGUUGAGCGUAUCCUGCGGUGGAACCAGGAGGUUCAAGAAUAUCGGCGAGCCGGUAAUGGCAUACCAUGAAUGGUUCGUUGUCUACGCAUCUACCACCACCUUUUGAGGACUCAUGUUCUCGCAUGAAGAGAAAUAGUAGUCGAUAUAGCAAAUGUAGAGGCCUCCAUGCAGGUGACAGGGAGACUUGGACACUCUGCUCGAAGUCCCAGUGUUGGGAUGGCUCAAGUAUACAUCGAGGCUGAGUCAGUUGCCGCAGUGCACUUGCAUGCUACCUUUAUAAGAGGCGCAUCACUUACAACACAUCAACCAAUCUUGGUUGCAGGGCGGCAUGGCGGAGCCCAGCCUGGAGGUUAUAUUCCAUGUCCAAAGUGGGGUAGCUGCAUGAUAAAUACCCAGAGGCGACUC